UUGAGCCCGUGGGUGCGGAGGGAGCCUGAGAGGGAUGGAGGCUGACAGGAUGCAGCUUCGCCUCAGCGGGCCGCUCAUCCCUCCAUCCUCCCUGCGAUGCGCUGUGCGUUAUGACGCCAGGCCGUUUGACGAGUGCAUUACGUGGGACUGGCGGAGGAGCACAGCAGCCUGGAUCCUCGUUAUGUAAUGCAUCGGAUGCUGCUGUACAGCUGAGAGUAGCAGAGGAAAAAAAAAAACAACCGACGGACGGCUGAUUUAAUAACGAAUGUGUGGUGGCUUGUAAUCGAGCGUAUGGAUGUCUGCUGUCGGCGAGUACAAUGCUAAUUGUAAAUCGCUGGAGUGCAGUGUAAUUGAGCCAGUCUGGGCAUCAGUGGCCUAUCCCUGAGCUGCACAUACGUCUGGAGCCUGCGGAAGCUGCACAGCGCCUUUUUUUUUUUUAGCCGACCAGAGGCGCGUCUCUGUUCAAAUCCGUAUCCUCUAUCAGUGGAAAUAAACCAAUGCGGGUUUGUUUUAGAGAAGAAUCAAGAUCAUAUUUUCUUCUCCAUCGCAUUGGUUUAAUCCAACAGCCUCUGAGCUGUAGAAUAAACAAUGGCGGGUCCCGAGCAGUCCCAGCAGCAGCAGCAGGUAGAGGAGAAGGCAGAGCACAUAGAUGAUGCUGAGAUGGCUCUGCAAGGUAUUAACAUGCUGCUCAACAACGGAUUCAAAGAGAGCGACGAGCUUUUCAGGAGAUACAGGACCCAGAGCCCAUUGAUGAGCUUUGGGGCCAGUUUCGUCAGUUUCCUGAAUGCCAUGAUGACUUUUGAGGAGGAAAAGAUGCAGACAGCCUGUGAUGACCUGAGGACCACUGAGAAACUGUGUGAGAGUGACAGCACCGGAGUGAUAGAGACAAUCAGAAACAAGAUAAAGAAGAGCAUGGACUCCCAAAGGUCGGGCGUGGUCGUCGUGGACCGCCUCCAGAGACAGAUUAUUGUCGCUGACUGUCAGGUGUACCUCGCCGUGCUCUCAUUUGUCAAACAGGAACUUUCUGCGUAUAUCAAAGGAGGCUGGAUUCUCCGUAAGGCAUGGAAAAUGUACAAUAAGUGCCACAGUGACAUCAGCCAGCUGCAGGAGGCCUGUCAGCGGAGGUCCUCUGUCAACCAGGACUCCCUCACUGCGGACAACGCCAACCACAACGCACCAGUGGAAAACUGCGUGACAGCCGAGGCCUUGGACCGGCUCAAGGGCUCCGUCAGCUUUGGCUACGGCCUCUUCCAUCUGUGUAUCUCCAUGGUGCCACCUCACCUGCUCAAGAUUAUCAACCUGCUGGGCUUCCCCGGUGACCGACUCCAGGGCCUGUCCUCCCUUAUGUACGCGAGCGAGAGCAAGGACAUGAAGGCACCACUAGCUACGUGAGUUGGCCUCUUGUGGUACCACACAGUAGUGCUGCCUUUCUUUGCUCUGGAUGGCUCUGACACACAUGCAGGGCUACUGGAAGCCAAAGCUAUUCUGCAGAGAAAGUCGGUGGUUUACCCCAACUCAUCGCUCUUCAUGUUCUUUAAAGGACGGGUUCAGAGGCUAGAGUGCCAUAUCAACAGUGCUUUGGCCUGUUUCCAUGAUGCAUUAGAGCUUGCAUCAGACCAAAGAGAGAUCCAGCAUGUGUGUCUCUAUGAGAUUGGUUGGUGUAGCAUGAUAGAGAUGAAUUUUGAAGAUGCAUACAGGUCGUUUGAGAGGCUGAAGAAUGAGUCUCGUUGGUCACAGUGCUACUAUGCCUACUUGACCGGAGUGUGUCAGGGUGCUUCUGGUGACCUGGAUGGAGCAAGUGGAGUUUUCAAAGAUGUGCAGAAGCUGUUCAAGAGGAAAAACAACCAGAUAGAGCAGUUUGCUGUCAAAAGGGCUGAAAGAUUGAGAAAGAUCUCACCCACCAGAGAGCUAUGCAUCCUCGGUGUAAUUGAAGUGCUGUAUCUGUGGAAGGCGCUUCCAAACUGCUCCUCAUCUAAACUGCAGAUAAUGAAUCAGGUGUUACAGAGUUUAGAUGACGCUUCGUGCAGAGGCCUGAAACAUCUCCUUCUUGGUGCCAUUCACAAAUGUCAUGGAAAUAUGAGAGAUGCUGUGCAGUCAUUCCAGCUGGCUGCUAGAGAUGAGUACGGGCGGCAGAUCAACUCAUAUAUUCAGCCAUAUGCCGUCUAUGAACUGGGAUGUAUACUACUUGCACAACCAGAGACAGUGGGAAAGGGAAGGUCAUUGCUACUACAGGCAAAGGAGGAUUUUACUGGCUAUGACUUUGAGAACAGGCUUCAUGUCCGCAUCCAUUCAGCCCUGGCCUCGUUGAAGGAAGUAGUGCCUCAGUAACUCCAGGAGGAAGCUACAAUGGCUCCAGCUAUGCUCAUGGCUUUUUACAACAAGUUUAAAGCCAUUCAAAUUAACUGUUUGACAUCCUUGUGAACAGGCUCCAGUGUUUUUCAUUCUAGAAGGUUUUGGAGAAAUACGCUUGUUUGUCAUCUUACUCACACUGAGGUUCAAAUGAGACCUUAUCUUUGUGCUCCGAGUACAGAGACAGUGGGUGUUCAUACUAGCUUAGCACAAAGACUGGAAACAUUGAUUUAAAUAGCUAGUGUAGCUAUGGAAAUAUCUUAUGUGUACUUACACUAUAACAAGACUUGUCUUGUUGUUGACCAGCAAGGUAGUCACCAAUACAUCCAUAUACAUUGGUUUUAUUACUGUGCAAACCUGGGACACUCAGUAGUUGUUGGUGAAAAUAUGGCCUCAGCUUGCUUCCUGUCUUUAUGCUAAGCUAGGCUCAACACUUCCUUAGCCAAUUUCUGCACUAGAUGCACAGAGAUGAACAUCAGUACUUGACCUGCAGCAAGACAACAAAGACGUAUAUUUCUUCUAAUCCCUACCUGUUCUUUUAAGUGUUUUCCACACCCAAAUGUAUUAGCUAGCUAGUAACAAUUUUCCUCAUUAGCUUGUGUAUUUGGAGGGUUUCAGUUAUGCCACCCCCCUUUCAGUGAGCAAUUCAGCACAUACAAGUAACCUUUUAAAUGAAAUCAUACUUCCCUUAAUAGUAACUUUACAAAGAGUAAUAAAAGACACAGAUAGUAGUAUUUUCCACAUUCUUUAAUACACGCAGAUGACAUUUGAACAUCUUACACAAAUUAUGAAAUAGAAUUCUUUGCCAUAUCACAUAUCAUGAAAAAGAUAAAGGAAAGGUUUGUCAAAUUUAAUAUUUGAUUUUAUAUGCUCUUAUAAAGGACUUCAUAGGCUGUUACAUUUUCAGCAGUUUUUAAUAAGUAGUGCUUCUAAUAAAAUUUUCAAAAUCUGCUUGUCAAAUUGCAAAAGUACAUUGAAACAUAUCACACGGAGGCUACUUAUAUUCACAGUGGACGUAAAAUGACAAACUCGUAGUCUAAUUAGUUACCACUGUUCACACAUAGUAACAACUAGGCUGCUGUGAAUUAGUCACACUCAAGACGUGAUAUGUUUAUAGUAACUGAGAAAUCACAACACUUCACAAUGCCCUGAUGAUGUUUUUUUAUGUGAAAACACUGGGCAUUGAUCCUGUGCACUAUGCAUGGUAUGGCAGGGUUACAGUGGCUUUACGACUGUAUUGAAGUCAAACGUGCCUGUAUGUCCAUCCGUGCAAAUAUGUCAAGGUAUUAUAAUACAGUGCAUUCAGUACUGUAAUGUUACCACUGAACGGUGCUGCUAAAUGUCAGCCUAAUAAACAUAUAUUAGCAGUGACUUAUUUUAAUAGUGUUUUGGUGAUACAAGCUUUUGAAUUAGUCCAUAAUAGUGAAAAGUUCAUUUAUUACAUAGCAGAAGUUGUACUUUUACAAGUGUCAUUUACAGUAUGCUAUUUUAGUUUGAGUUUUAACCUACAAAUCCCGUAAUAGCCCGCAAGGUAGACUGCAGCGUGUUAAUGAUCAAGCUGGUUCAACAGGGUGCUCUUGAAUUGGACAAGGAAUAAUAUUUCUGUAUUGUAAGUGAUUUUAACAACCUUUCUCAACAUGGUUUCUCACUGUACAUAUGAAUUAUUCUGUGCAGGAUAUUGCCUUCUGAGUUCUGGUUAAUCUGAGCAAUAUAAGCAAAAGGCGAACAUUUCAAUUUCCAGAGGUUUUCAACAAUGACUAUCUGUGUUUUUCAUCUCAUGUUCAAGAAAGUGAUUGGAUAGAUUUGUUUUUGCUCAUGCUAGCUGGUCAGAUAAAACCAGUCAUUCCCUGUGGCUGUGGUGGAUGUAAAUUGUGGUAAAUAUUGAGGUGACCACUGUGCAAGUGGUCAGUGCAGUGCAAGUGAUGUGGUGAAUGGUGAAAUGUUAGUGAGAUGUCACCUACCUGCUGUACCAAAUACUUCUGUCACUUAGAGAUUUGUUUCCUUCUGUCAUGAGGUUCUGUUGAAAUUGAAGUAACAUGUCAGGAUGAUGGUGUUCCAAUGUGUCACUGAACUCUACAAUAAACUGUUCUCCAUUAAUCUAAUCAAA